AUGAGUAACAUACGAGCCCUAGGCGCAUAUAGAAAUGCUCUCAGAGCUACUAGAGUAGCAUUUAAAACGGAUUUGCCGGUUUUAAUGGCAGCUAGAACCCAAAUCAAACAGGGAUUUGUUGACAAUAAAGACUUGGCCGAUCAAGAGCAACAACACGAAGCCAUAGAUAAAAUGAACGAAGUUAGUCAGUUUUUGAUUAAAAACAUCGUUCAAGGUGAAAAACAGGAAGGGGAUAAAUAUUUUUUGAAUUUCCAUGAACGUACCGAAUUAGGAGAUAAUGAAACGAUCAAACAAUCUAAAGCGGAAAUGGGUUCGUUAGCAGGUGCUAGGGCCAAAAAGUACAGUAACAUCAAGAAGUGA